AUGGCGCUGGCACACCUUGUUUGGAUCACUUCGCUGGUUCUCGGCAAAGCGGAAAAUGAUAUUUUGCUUCUUCAACGGCCAGGCCUUUUGCUGGAGAGGACAGCGCACGAGCAUGAUUUGGCGGGGAGAUCUGUGUACCUCAUCAUGACGGAUCGCUUCUCUCGGGACAAUGACCAGCCCUGCGAAGGUGACAAUUGGUGCAACGGUACUCUGAAAGGUAUCACUGCACAUUUGGACUACAUAGAUGGAAUGGGUUGGGACUGUAUUUGGGUCACUCCGGUGGUGCGCAAUGUCUAUGGUCCAGACCAGGGCGAGAGUGGCUAUGGCUACCAUGGGUAUUGGGCCCAAGACUUCUAUGAGAUUGACCCGAGUUUCGGCAGCAAGGAGGACUUGAAGGAGCUAGUGAGCGAAACGCAUCGGCGAGGCAUGUGCUUCAUAUUAGAUGUCGUGCUGAAUCAUGUCGGUCCGGUUCACUCUUUGAAAGAGCUGAGUCGGAUUAAGCCUUUUAACGAUCCGGGCUUCUUCAAUUUGCUGAAUAUCAGCGGCAUGACGUUCGACGAUUAUGCCACGAAAGCUGCAAACUGGCCUUAUCCGGUGCAGGCGUUGGGCCCCGGGGCAGCGUGUUGGUUGGAUUACACCGAAGACGGGAUACCAGAUGGUACCAACAACGGAACCUACUGCAACAACUAUCUGACAAACAACUAUUCAUUUGAAAACUACCUCCAAGAUCGAGCACAUGGGCCAGCAUACCUCAAGUAUUGUGGCACUGGAGACUACAUUUGUCCAGGCUACAAUGAGACGGUGGUGCUCAACGGCUGGUUCUACGACCUUCCGGACCUGAAUCACUCCGUGCCCUUCGUGCGCCACUUCUUGAAGGAGUGGGUCCUGCACAUGGUCAAAGAGUUUCACGUGGACGGCCUUCGCCUAGACACGGCCUCAUACAUUCCCCCGGACUUUCUGGCAGAGGUGCAGGACAUGCUGCUGCAUCUUGCCCGGCCAGUGCCGAUCUUCGGCGAGGUCACUGCUGUGAACCUGUCCUACCAUGCCUCUUUCCAGUCCAGGGAUGGUCGUGGAAUCCUUGCAGGCCUGUCAAACUUCCCCUUGACCUACUCCGCCAUACCAGGUUAUUGCGGGUGGCCCAAUGCCAUCCUUUCGCCCAUCGCACAGUUUGACCUGACCUACUUGGCCAGUGCCACCCAAGAGCAGAGCUCCAUGCUCUAUGCCGACACUGAUUUGCUCAUGAAUAUGAUGGAUAAUCAAGACGAAAUGCCCAUUGCGGGCUUGUACCACACCUCAGCAGGUCCUUUCUCACCCGGAGAAGGAGGCUGCCAGGAUGACCGCAGCUUGCUUCUGAACGCUUGGGCCUGGCUCAUGUUUGCCAAGGGUAUGCCAGUGGUUACCUGGGGUGACGAGCAGGGCAACCCCUUCUAUCGCAUGUCGCUGUGGCAGCAUGGCUGGAAGACUGACACUUGGCAAUACAAGCUGCUGAGACGCAUGAACCACAUCCGGGCUCGGAGACAGCUGGGCAGGACGGCCGCCAAAGUACAACAUGGGAGCAAACGCCUCUUUGUGUUUCAGCGCGGCGAGCCCAACAGCAUCGCUGGUGUUUGGGUUUUCACAAACAAUUUGCCUAGUGGAAGCGAGGUGGUGUAUCCUGUUGCACCGCCGCCCGCCCCUCCCGGCAUGCACUGGCAAGACAUUCUCUUUGGGCAGCUCUUUGACAUAUCUGAAGGCCGCGUCGCCGCUGGCAGCAGGCCGCUUGUUCUAGCCCUUAGCACCGAGCAUGUCUCCAGCUGA